AUUUCAAUUUAACGUAUCCGUGAACUGUAACAGAUUAUGUAAUAAUUGUAUGUGAGAAAUGCUUUGUAACAUGUAUGUGCAUGAGUAUUACGCAUGCGUAUAUAUGUAUACAAGAUAUGUAUGCGUAUAUAUGUAUAUAUGUCGAAAAUCAGCGAGGAUCAAAGUGGGUCGAAGUUACCUUGACCUACCUUAACGAUUACAAUAGGUACGAUUAUUUGAAAUUAAAUCUAAACUAAUACGUAUUAACUAAUCUAUUAAAUUAAAGAGAGAGAGAGAGAGAGAGAGAGAGAGAGAGAGAGAGAGAGAGAGAGAGUUGUUCCAAGUUCGUGAUUUUUGGCGAUAGUAUUACGAAAACGUUUCUAAAAUAAGUUCGUGUCGUGUAUACGAAAUUAAUAAAAUGUUCUUUUGACAUUAAAACUAUGUACGUAUAUACAUGAUUAUAUAAAUUUAGAAAAUAAAUAAGAUAAAAAAAUAACUUUUAUAAAUAUAUAUAUAUAUAUAUAUGUAUAUGUAUAUGCAAAUAUUUUUAUUAAAUAAUCAGUAGAAAGGAUUAUAUUAGACCCAUAAAGAGUUUCGAAAAUACAAAUGUAAUAAAUAUUGAGAAAAAAUUACAGUUAUAUCUAAGAGGUGGCGCUGCUGUAGUCGAAACAUUUCAGCGUCAUGUCAAACUAUCGUGUCAUCGAUAGAGCUGCAUGUUUUGAACAUAUUUUUUAUGUGUAAACAGUGAUCAAUUUAUUUCCCAUAUGAUUUAACGUUUGUUUUAUCAUCGAUAGAAAUGUAUUUUUGACGAGGACUUUAAUUUGAGUCCUAAAAAAUGAUAUUUUUUUCGACGAUGCGAUUGUUUAUAACGUCUGUAACAUAACCUCAAUUUCGUUGAUUUUGAAAAUUAAGAGUUAAAUUGAAACGACAAAAUGUCAGAUGUACGUGAUAUAUUGGAUAUCGAAGUUCCAACUACUACGGAACUUACGAAAGAAUCUAUUUUGGGAAGUGAUAAAAAGAAUAAAAAGAAAUAUGAGUAUAAGGUACCCAAACGUCCAGAGGGUAUGCACAGAGAGGUGUUCGCUUUAUUGUGCAAGGAUAACAAUGACGUACCACCAUUAUUUCCAACCGAUACGGCUAAGGGAUAUAAACAAGUUAGAGCUAAGUUAGGUAUGAAAAAGGUAAGACCAUGGAAAUGGACUCCAUUUACUAAUCCAGCUAGAACUGAUGGUGCUGUUUUCCAUCAUUGGAGACGAGUUGCUGAUGCAGGAAAGGAAUAUCCUUUUGCUAAGUUUAAUAAAAAGGUACCCAUACCAACGUACACAAAUGCAGAAUAUGUUCAACAUUUAGUUACUAAUGGUUGGACUCGAGCAGAGACAGAUCAUUUGUUUGAUUUAUGUAGAAGAUUUGAUCUUAGAUUUAUUAUAAUUAAAGAUAGAUGGGAUAGAGCCAAAUUUCCUGCCAGAACUGUUGAAGAAUUGAAAGAAAGAUAUUACCAAGUUUGCGCAGCCUUGACUAAAGCAAAAUCUCAUACAGAUAGAGUUUACUCUUUUGAUGCAGAACAUGAGAAACGUAGAAAAGAACAACUAAAGAAAUUGUUCGAACGGACUCCGGAACAAGUGGAAGAAGAACAGACUUUAUUAGCUGAAUUGCGUAAGAUAGAACAAAGAAAGAAGGAAAGGGAUAGAAAAACUCAAGAUUUGCAAAAACUUAUAACAGCAGCAGAUCAUCAAGCAGAUCCUAGAAAAAGCGAAAGAAAACCUUCCAAAAAGAGUAGUAAUUCUUCUAGAAACAGACCAAAUAAAACCGAUGCUUCUCAUGCUGUAGAAUCUGCCGGUAUUAAGUUCCCUGACUUCAAAAACAGUGGAGUUUCAUUGAGAUCGCAAAGAAUCAAAUUGCCAAGUAGUCUUGGUCAAAAAAAAAUGAAAGGCAUCGAACAAAUGUUAAACGAAUUAAGCAUAGAAUUAAAUCCUCCACCUACGGAACAAAUAUGUCAACAAUUUAAUGAAUUAAGAAGCGAUAUAGUGCUUCAUUAUGAAUUACGAAGUGCUUUAUCUACCUGCGAUUAUGAAUUACAAUCGUUAAGACAUCAGUACGAAGCCCUUGCACCAGGAAAAACUCUGACAAUACCACCAGCCCUAUUACCAAAAACAGAACCCGAUGUAAAAGGAGACAUAAUAGACGUUGUAGGAUCACCGAGUAUGCCAAAUGUAAAUCAUUAAGCAUUAAUUAACUAAGCAUUGUAAAUAUCAUAUUAUCUAAAUCAAUCGAUUUGUAUAUAAUUAUGCGAAAUAAUUAAUCCAUUGGCUUUUGAAAUAUUUCUUCUAUUCUGUAAGGUUUCUACUUUCUGUGAAACAAAUAAAAACGAGUGAACAAAAUUAAAA